UGAGGCGAGCUGUGGCCCGGGUGCCGCUGGGCUCCGGGGGAGAAGGCGCGGCCGUGGCCGCCGCCGCCGCCAUCUAAGUCGCGGCGCCAGCGAGGCCCGGCGCGCGCAUGGUGCUGGUGCCGCUUGGGUGUUGAUCGGCCUGUCCCCUCCCUCUUUUCCCUUCCCCACCCCCCGCGGUGGUCUCCCCUUUCCACCCCAGCCCCGGCAGAGCCAUGUCUCGGAGUGGCUCCUGCCCGCACCUGUUGUGGGACGUGAGGAAAAGGUCCCUUGGGCUGGAAGACCCGUCCCGGCUGAGGAGCCGCUACCUGGGAAGAAGAGAAUUUAUCCAAAGAUUAAAACUUGAAGCAACCUUAAAUGUGCAUGAUGGCUGUGUUAAUACAAUCUGUUGGAAUGACACUGGAGAAUAUAUUUUAUCUGGAUCUGAUGACACCAAACUUGUAAUUAGUAAUCCAUACAGCAGAAAGGUUUUGACAACAAUCCGUUCUGGGCAUCGAGCAAAUAUAUUUAGUGCAAAGUUUUUGCCGUGCACAGAUGAUAAGCAGAUUGUGUCUUGCUCUGGAGAUGGAGUCAUUUUCUAUACUAAUAUCGAGCAAGAUGUGGAAACAAACAGACAGUGCCAAUUUACGUGCCAUUAUGGAACUACUUAUGAGAUUAUGACUGUACCAAAUGACCCUUACACCUUUCUGUCCUGUGGUGAAGAUGGAACUGUUAGGUGGUUUGACACACGCAUCAAAACUAGUUGCACAAAAGAAGACUGCAAAGAUGAUAUUUUAAUCAACUGCCGGCGUGCGGCCACAUCUGUGGCUAUUUGUCCCCCAGUACCCUAUUACCUUGCUGUGGGUUGUUCUGAUAGCUCAGUACGAAUUUAUGACCGGCGAAUGCUGGGCACAAGAGCUACAGGGAAUUAUGCAGGCCGAGGAACUACUGGAAUGGUUGCUCGCUUUAUCCCUUCUCAUCUUAGUAAUAAAUCCUGCAGAGUAACAUCUCUGUGUUACAGCGAAGAUGGCCAGGAGAUUCUUGUCAGCUAUUCUUCAGAUUACAUCUAUCUUUUUGAUCCCAAAGACGAUACAGCACGAGAACUUAAAACUCCUGCAGAGGAGAGGCGAGAAGAGUUACGACAGCCUCCAGUUAAGCGCUUGAGACUUCGUGGUGAUUGGUCAGAUACUGGUCCCAGAGCAAGGCCAGAGAGUGAACGAGAACGAGAUGGAGAGCAAAGUCCCAACGUGUCACUGAUGCAGAGAAUGUCUGACAUGUUAUCAAGGUGGUUUGAAGAAGCAAGUGAAGUUGCACAAAGCAAUAGAGGAAGGGGAAGACCUCGGCCCAGAGGUGGAACAAAUCAGCCAGAUGCUUCAACUCUUCCUACAGUUCCAUCAAGUCCUAAUUUGGAAGUGGGUGAAACUGCAAUGGAUGUAGAUACCCCAUCUGAGCAACUUCUUCAGCCUUCUACAUCCUCUACAGUGUCAGUUCAGGCUCAGGCCGCAGCAUCUGCCACAGAAAGCCCUCAUUCUCCAGACAGUGAGCAAAGGCAGCCUGUUGAAGCACCUGGACAGCACACCCAUCAUCAGUCUGAUUCUCCUUCUUCUGUGGUUAACAAACAGCUCGGAUCCAUGUCACUUGAUGAGCAACAGGAUAACAAUAAUGAAAGGCUGAGCCCCAAGCCAGGGACAGGUGAACCAGUUUUAAGUUUGCACUACAGCACAGAAGGAACAACUACAAGCACAAUAAAGCUGAACUUUACAGAUGAAUGGAGCAGUACAGCCUCAAGUUCCAGAGGAAAUGGGAACCAUUGCAAAUCUGAGGGUCAGGAGGAACCCUCGGUCCCACAGAGUUCUACUCAAGCCCCUGAAGGAGACAGUGAAACAGGAGCUCCUGAAGAACUAUCAGAGAAAGGAACAUUUUCAGAAAACCUCACUCAAAACCAGAUAGAUAUAGCACAAUCUACUAACCUCCCAGCUGAGCCAUUGGAUCCUAAUUCGGGAGAAAGGAAUGACCCAACUCCCGACAGCCCGUGUGGGGUACCAGAAGUUACUUUGUCUGAAACAGGCAAGGAGGCUUCUGAGCAGACCAGCACUGAGAGUGCUGCCAGUCAGACCAGCUCCAAUCCUGAGCUCCCAUCUCAAACAGAAGCCAUCGAGCCUUUAGCUCACGAAGACACAUCAACCAGGGACUCUGCUCUCCAGGACACAGAUGACAGUGAUGAUGACCCAGUCCUGAUCCCCGGUGCAAGAUAUCGAGCAGGACCUGGUGAUAGACGCUCCGCUGUUGCCCGCAUCCAGGAGUUCUUCAGGAGGAGAAAAGAAAGAAAAGAGAUGGAAGAACUGGAUACUUUGAACAUCAGGAGGCCACUAGUAAAGAUGGUUUAUAAGGGCCAUCGCAACUCCCGGACAAUGAUAAAAGAAGCCAAUUUCUGGGGUGCUAACUUCGUAAUGAGUGGUUCCGACUGUGGCCAUAUCUUCAUCUGGGAUCGGCACACUGCUGAGCACUUGAUGCUUCUGGAAGCGGAUAAUCAUGUGGUCAACUGUCUGCAGCCUCACCCAUUUGACCCAAUUCUAGCCUCAUCUGGUAUAGACUAUGAUAUAAAGAUCUGGUCGCCACUAGAAGAGUCAAGGAUUUUUAAUCGAAAACUUGCUGAUGAAGUUAUAACUCGGAAUGAACUCAUGCUGGAAGAGACUAGAAACACCAUUACCGUCCCAGCCUCUUUCAUGUUGAGAAUGUUGGCGUCGCUGAAUCAUAUACGAGCCGACCGUUUGGAGGGUGACAGAUCCGAAGGUUCGGGUCAGGAGAAUGAAAAUGAGGAUGAAGAAUAAAGGACUCUGUGCAAGCACUUAGAUGUUCUGAAAUUUGUAUACGACAUUUAUUAUAUUUUUUUUUCUUUACAGAACUUUAGUGCAAUUUAAGGCUAUGGUUUUUUGGAGUUCUUCCCCAUUUUUUUGGGAUAACCAAACAUUGGUUUGGAAUGAGUGUGUGCAUGAGUUGGGAGAGUGUGUAAAACAAAACAAGCAAAAUGUUUUUGAAACUUUUGCCGUGUAUGGAGUGCUAGAAAAUGCAAAGUGCAAUACUUCCCUAACCCUCAGAUUGGGAGCUUGGAUCAGUGUUGAAAAGUCAUUUUCAUUGUUGUGAAAACGUUGGUUCAAAUAAAUUUCUACACUUGC